AUGAAGACCUUUCACAGUGUUCUGGCGCUGGCACUAUCGAUGCUCGAGACCUUCACCGUAGCUGCACCGGUGGAUGUUUCAGAGAAGCGUGCCGUCUCCUCCAUCGUCAGUGGUACGCCCAUUGGCUUUGCUUCGAGUGUUACUGGCGGCGGGACAGCCACGACCGUGUACCCGACCACGAUUGCUCAGCUCAAAGCUUACCUGACCUCGGAUGACCCACAGAAUAUUGUGAUCUCAGGCACCUUUAACUUCCAAGGCUCAGAGGGCAGUUCCACUUAUUCCGCAUGUGAUGCGUACAGCUGCACCCCCUCGGCUGGUGGUCAGGCUCUCCUGAACACACUGAGCGGAUGCGGGUCCAAGUCGACUUACAGUGUCACGAUCGACACUGCUGCCUACCAGGGAAUCAACGUCAAAUCAAACAAGACCCUGGUUGGUAAGAACAAUGCAGUGCUAUACGGCAAGGGGCUACGCUUUGUUGGGGUCUCAAACAUUAUCAUCCAAAAUGUGGCAAUCACCAACCUGAACCCCAAGUAUGUGUGGGGUGGCGAUGCUUUGUCCUUUAGCGACACGAACAAUAUCUGGAUUGACCAUGUGACGACUUCAUACUUGGGUCGACAACACUACAGUUUUGGAACUGGUUCUAGCAACGGCAUCACCAUCUCCAACUCGUUCCUUAACGGAUAUACCUCCAACUCGGCCACUUGCGACGGACACACCUACUGGGGACUCGAGCUUGUCGGUUCAAGCGACCAAAUUACUUUCUACAAGAACUACGUGUACUACACGUCUGGCCGCAGUCCCGCUCUCUCCGGCAACACGCUGUUCCACGCCGUCAACAAUGUCUGGUCAUCCAAUAGCGGCCACCUGAUCGAGGGCGACUCCAACGGUAUGGGUUUGUAUGAGGGCAAUUACUUCUUGAACAGCCCAACAGUUCUCUCCUCGGACUUUUCCGGACGUCUUGUCAGUUCCAACUCUGGCGAUGUUUCCGAGUGUGCUUCCUACCUGGGAAGGAAUUGCGUCUCCAACAGUUUCUCCAACUCGGGUGCAUUCAGUCGCAACGACAACUCAUUCCUCUAUCUGUUCUCUGGCAAGACCAACAUUGUCUCUGCUGCUUCGGCAUCGUCUAUUCAAAGUACCGUUCCCAGCUCGGCUGGAAACACACUAUAG